AUGAGCAGUAGCCGACCCCCAUACUCAACUCUGUUCUACUCCCGUCGCGGUGGAAAAGCUUCAGCUCUCCCCAAUGGGACGCUACCGAGAGGUGCCCAAGUUUAUGCCAGAGACAAUUAGGACCCAACCAAAUUUUAAUCAGAGAACCAAAGACAGACUUUCAUGGUGAAAAUCACUACAAUCACGGUGGUCCACAACAACCGAAUGUUCUGGUUUUCAGGGGAAAUGGAAAGAGAGCCUGUGAUGCAACUUCCACUUUUGGACGUUAACAAGGGAUAAGGACACGCCUGACGCCCAAACCGAUAUUUCAUUUCAGAGUUUAUUCAAAUUAGUUUAGGGUAAGGGUUAGGGUUAAGGGUUUGGUUAAGGUUAGGGUGAAGGUAAGGGUCAGUUUUAGGUUUGGCUAGGCGAUGUAGUAUCUUAAACAGUCUAGAAAUGCUGAUUGUUGCAGAAAGUGUGAUAGAGGGAACUUGGCCCUAAGAUUUUGCUGAUGUGGCAAAAUGGUGUACUCUACUGUGCUGGAAACAUCUGGAAAGUAUUACUAAAUUCCUGGAAAAGAGGAUAUGUAAUGGCCAGGGAUUGGAUGUUAGAAUCACGCCAUGCUCUGGCCAUGUAUGAUAUAAAUGCCAUGUCUUGAACAGAGAGGGAGAACAGCAAAAAUACUGAUUGGCUGUGCUGUCUCACAGAUAUCUGCAGAAUCUGUCAAAUUCUGAUGCUGGAACCUUUGUUAUAAUAAACCUUUGAAAACAGAGUACAGUGUCGGCGGAUUCCUUAUCAUUACAGCAUGGACCAGCAAGGGUGUGUCUUUUAGACACUACAGCGAUUUAAGCUUCAGCUGUGUCCUUAUAGUCUCUCCGUUAACAAGGCGACACUCCAUCUUAACUCCUCCUCCACAUUUACUGGAUUGGUUGAACAGUGCAGAAGAGAACAUCCUCCAACUUUUUUUAUUUCUUCUUCUUGUCAAGACCAGUAUGUAGGGGGAUCUAGUUUCAGGCGUUUCUUUUAUGCCUGUUACGUUAGGUUACCCUGAUGCUGGCUACACUAGCUAACGUUAGCUAGUACUUCCCUGACCGUACUGUGGGACAGCACGCAAGAGCAAAGGACACUGUGCCCGGACAGCCCGGUUGUUGUGUUGCUGGCAUAACGUGCAUGCUCCCCUCUCCCCAUUGAUUGAGUAGACUGUACACGGUGUACCAAUCAUGGUACCAAUAUUAUAAGUCAUUUCUCCUGUAGGCUGCUAUCUUACUCUAAAUAAAUAAGUAUUGGGAGGAAGAAAGUUGGCCAUGUUAGCUACUGCCGGCGACAUAGUGAUACAGCUGCCCUAGGGAAGCAACUCACGUCAGCAAGCACUUCAAUACAACAUGUUAGCUAAUUAGCAUGUCACUGUGACAUCCAGUUGGUGACCGAUAUUACAAGUUAUUUCUCCCUUGCCCAUCGAAAUAAACAUAACUUCCUUUUAACAAUUUUAAUAACAAUAACUUUUAAUUAGCACCUGGCUGUUGCUGCCAGCAUAACUAGCUAGCUAGCUAUUGUGUUGGUUUGUUCGAAGUCUGAGGCCUUUUCUCAAUUAGAUUUGAUCAACUCCUUUUGAAAAAGGUAAUCGAGGAAAGGGAAAGUGCACGAAAAUAUCAGGCAAAUGACGUUUACAGGUUGGAAUCCCAAAAUAAAAUAAUAUUUUUUUUUAAACGAAUUUAGCACUGAGGAGGAUGGUCCUCCCCUUCCUCCUCUGAGGAGCCUCCACUGGGGCCUACAUAAAGCUGUCCCAACAGCAGAGCUUUCUUUUCAGCACUAUGGAGUGACACCGCUACACCUGGCUAUCAGCGGAGCCUUGUCUGGCAGCGAAACAGUUCAUUCAGCCUCAUUUACGGCCUUUAAGAAAAAACAUAGUUGAAAUGGCUGACUUGCUUAAACAAAUGUGGUUUCUACUGACAAUUGAGAUGUACAAACUAUGGCAUAAGGGAAUGUGAACAGAUAAGAGGCAAUCCGUAAUUUUGAUUAAGACAUUAAUAAGCGAGCUCAGACGGACGUAGUCAAUAUAACUAUUUGUUCAGCACUUUUGAAAUGUACAGCGACAGAAUUCAGAACAUGGGCCUUUCUUACAGUAUUCUCCCUGCACACCAAGUCAGAACCGUAGGAUGAAUAAAGGGGACAUAUAAGCAGACAAUGAAAGCUCUUACAAUAUUCAAUGAUUACAUUUCUCUAAAAGUCAGAACAAUAUGCUAAGUUAUGAGGGGGGAAGUGACCAAAUUAUUAGGGUGAGGCACAUGGGCUACUAACAGCUUACUACACAACAUACACUUAGUAUUACUUUCUUAGCUACAUUAUACAUAUCUCCCUGGCAUAUUACAUCAUUGAUGCAGCAGCAUAUAAUACAUUUUUGGACUCACCUUGUUGUGCUGUGCUCACUUGAACAGGAAGGUGGCGCGGCGGUCCUUCUUGUGGGAAAAUGUUGUCAUCAAACUUUGUCAUCAAAGUCUGGCAUUCUCUGGAUUUAUGGUGCUUUCAAGACAACUGGGAACUCUGGAAAAAAAACAAGGUUGACUCAUGACAUCAGUGAUCUUCUGGUUGGAGCUCUAGAAAGAGGCCUGAGUUCCUGACUUGGAAUACCGAGUUGGAUGACCGUUCAAAACGUAUUUUAACAGUCGGAGCUCGUUUUUUUCAGAGUUCCCAGUUGUCUUGAACUCACUGAAGUCUGAGAUUUCCCAGUUCCGAGUUGCCAGUUGUUUUGAACGCAGCAGAAAUCAUGCUGGAUUAACAGCAUGGCCAAUGUAUUCAAACUUUUCUGGCCCUUGGCAUGUGAAUGUUUAUUAUUUUAAGCUUGGAAAAGAGACCCUUAAACCCAGACUUGGACCACACACCCACUCCAUUGAAUAGCAGGCUAGUGAUUGCUUUGCAACGCUUGCAGUUAGCCAAUGAUUCCUUCCAAACCACUCAUUGUUGAAUUUGCGAUUUCCAACUUGUUGUGUAAUGUUUAUGUCCAAUGGCCGAUGAGCAUCGUUACGUUUUAUCUAUAAUUUCUCAAAAUAUGACAAGGAUUGAAAAGGAUUUGCGAGUAGAUUGUCGACUUGAUUCAUGAUGAUGACAGCUUGUCUCGCUUGCUAGCUAAGAUUUUGAAAGUAUGAUGUUGACAUGAUCAGUCCAAUCUGAACUACGGUAGAUAUAAUGUGAUUUGACAUAAUUGUAUCUGUGGCCAAUGACCUUGAUGGGCACUUCUAAUGUAAAUCUAUGGCAGCAACCAAGGGGCUUGAAUUUGAGCUCUCCCCGUAGAUUUGGCUGUGACGUCGUAUCCCCAUGAGUGACAGAACACUGAGCCAAUCACGGCGCAGCUAGUGAACAUUACCAAUCCCUACGCUCCGUAUUUUCAGAAGGCUGCCCCACCACAACAGAAAGCACUGAGCUAGGCUGAAACAUCUGCAUUUUGACAGCAAAGACAGCAAAAAAGAGAGUGUUUGUAUGCUGCUUUAUAUAUUUUACAUUGUUUGCAAAUUGAUAUGUGACACGUAUUAAUGCCAAAAUAACAUGCAAAGCAGGCAAAAAAAUAAUGUAAAAGUGUAUUUAUUUAUUUUUGUAGCUAAAUGGGUGGGUCUCUGCCCAUUUGCCCUGAAUGACGGUCGCCACUGCAGCGCAUAGCUGUUGAGCAGACCACCACCUAUCGACGAUAGUAUCGUUAACCAAUCAUGUCAAUGCGGAGCCCUCCACAUUUCUACAACAUUUGUGAGGCGCACGGCGAUGCGUAGGUACUGAGCUCAAUUUGGCAUCUGCAUGCAUGCUGAGCCACUGACCACAUUUUCAUAUCAAGCAUAAAUUGGCUUUUAAGGUCAGGGUUUAGGGUAGUCCCUACCCAAGGAUUCCGGAUAGCACUAACCGUAUCAUUAAUGAAAGCGCUGGUCGGCAGUCCAACUCUAGCGAGCUUGUGUCGGAACUAUUACACUGUCGAAAUAGUUUCCACACGGAUGUAAAAGCGAGACCUUUCGUCUUUUGCAAACUUGGAGUAAACGUGGCUAUUAUUAACCUCAUUAUCAUACCUAACGUUUUCGGAUGUAACUGCAAGGAAGACUCAAGAUGGAAAGACACAUCCGUGGGGGAAAAGGUAAAAUAAUACUUAUCUAAAGAAGGUAUAUAGCUAUAGACCGUUGUAGUAACUAGCAAUAUGGCGAGCUAGCUAGCUAAGUGGCUAACUUCCUGAAACCGAAUGUUGAUGAACAUGAACAAAAAAUACUUAUAAACCAACUCUUUGUCUCAAAGUAGGUUUGAUGUUGUAAUAGGCGAUUCCAUCCCAGCGUGGCUUGAAAAUAUCUCGGAUUGUUCAGGCAGUUGUCACAGACCUAAAUAGGGAGGAAGAAUGUUUAAGACUCUUUAAUCCUGAAUGCUGAUUGGUUAAAACCGCAUUCCAGCCGGUGUCUAUUCCACAAAUUACCAUCAACUAAAUCUAAUACGUUAAAAUGCAUAUUUACACUGUUCCAUCUGACUGCGCAAUCCACUGUCUCAUCAACCCAGUCAAGCUCUUUAUGAACUUGAUCAACACAAUAAAAAGCAUCUAGACAUUAUCUCACAAUUCUUUUAGACUAACAUUUAAUUUUCAACAGUAGAGAUUUGUAUAAACCUUGCUGUCUGCCUCUCCGACAUUUGCAACAUUGUUUCAAUAUUCAAAUUCAAUCUCCUGCUGUCCCAUAGUAUAGGCGAUAUGCACAGGCGAGCAUGACGUAUUUCCGGUUAAAUCUCAGGAUGGAUGUAAACUUCCGGUUAUCGUAGAAUGCUGUGCUACCGUAUGCUAGCAUUGAAUGCUUGUCGUCAAAAACAUCCGAAACGGUUAAUUUUCGUCGUUGUUGUUGUUUAUCUUAAUGUUUAUGUUAAUGUUUUUACUUGUAAUACUUUGUCUUGACUUAUAACAUGAUGACGUGUAAAUGUACGAAAGUGUCCUUUCAAAAACGGGAUGACAGCUCUUCCAGCCAUCACUGCUGUGUGCCGCAGUGUCUGUCAGAUGCAAUUCUUCUGUUAGUUUUUUUUAUUUUCCCAAAGACAGUGAAUUACAUAAACGGUAUGUGAUUAACAUUCGACGAGUCAACUUUCUUACAACAAACACACGAGUCUGCAGCCGACACUUUCUAAGUGAAGAUGUGAUAGAGCCUCCGACUCCAGCUGGGCGCAGACGUCUGAAGAAGGGAGCUGUUCCAGUGCUGUUUCAAUGGACUUGCCAAUAAUAACAAUGGCUUUCCUUCAAUUUGUGUAGGCCAUGGUCAAAUCUCAGGAACUUGCAGUCUAUGUAGCUGGCUAAAAAAUUUUUGGCUACAGUUGGGCAUUUCAUUUCAACUAGACCAAAUGAUGGUUGCUCAAGUGGGUCAUAUACCAGCCCAUCAGGCAAUGCACCCAGCCAAGGUGCGUCCAGAUGCACGACUAGCCCACACUUUGUCAGAUUAAGAUUUUUUAGAACUGCAUAGUCCUUCAAUGCACCUGCUUCCAUUUCCAGCCCCCUUUUCAUUAGUGGUGUUUGUCUUGUCCCUCUGAUAAUUAUUUCUGCCAGUUUUUUUGCUGUGCUUGUACCUCUAACAUGGCUUACCUCCCGGAAAUGUGAAGCAGUCACUCUCUCCUUCCUCAGUGAAUGACACUCGGGUGUUUCACUUUGGCAUCUGGUUGCUUCCUCAAUCAGGUGUGACUGUGACAAAGUCACAGACAGAGAACUGAGGUGAAGCUUUUCUUGAUCCGUCAUGAUCUCGUAUGAACAGUAUGUUGGUUGUAAAUGGUAGCCGUCCAGGGGCACUUUUGGGAACGGUGGUGCAUCCUCAUGGAUGACAACACUGUCAGGUGGAGGUGGUGGGUGUUGAUAUGACAGGAUACUGCCAGUUUGUACCUUGACAAAAAUGGAGUCCACGAGUGGUUUGUCAGAUUCAUUCUGCAGAUAAGGGGAAGAGAGUCUGGUUCCAUGUCAGCAUAGGCAGGUAGUGGGUUGAGGGUUGAUGGGUCUGGUAGCUCACCGCUGUAGCCCUUGUAAAUUGUAGAUCUGGAAUAACAAUAUCAGGAAAAGUAAAGGGUUCACUAGGAAAUACACCAGAAUCUAACAGCGAUUAAUAACAAUUCUUUCGCAACACAUUGUAGUCUGCCUAUUUAAUUGGACUGUAACAUAUUCCACUCAGCUAUUCUUCAAACUGCUGAUGUUCUACUCAAAACUGUCCUGUCAUCUUUACUUCUUUCUUUAUAAACAUAUGGCCCAACUUCCUUGCUUUUGUACUUGAUGUUUCUACUUUUCAAGAGGAAUUGGACUCUGCAUACCUAAUUCCGCUUGCUGGAGUAGCAUCUGGUUUGGGCUUCACUACAAACAUGGCAUCCACAGGUCCUGGCUUCACUCCCUAUUUAUUUAUGAGAUGGUAUUAGGAGAGAUGCUAGUAUGCAUGUGACACAACUGUCUGGUAUUGAAAUGAUACAAACCAUUGUUUGUGGUUUAUGCCACUUCUGCUCUGUUUCAGUGCACGAAAGUACAGGAGGGAUGACAGACAUGCCACAUUCAGAGUAAUGGGCAGUCUGAUAUAGUAAUGCAACCAAAUGACUGCAUAUCCCACACCCAGCCACACAAACAGUAGCUUUUAACAGGCACAACUGGCUGUGAAUCACGCAAUGUCAUCUGAAAUACACAGAAGCAUAAUUUAAUGGGUUUUGAAAGACGAGGGUCUACAGCAGCAGGAGUAGGAGCAAAACUGGUUCUUUCUACUUUUUACUGGUGUAAGCAACUUAUCUACUGUCUCGUGUCACAUUUGUGCUUUCUGCAUCACUUUCCUACUGUCUUGCACCACUUGGCUAUUGUCUUGUGCCAUUUACAGUGGGGGAAAAAAGUGUUUAGUCAGCCACCAAUUGGCUGACUAAACGUGGCUGAGGUGCACCCAUGACCAGCUCGGAAACCGGAUUGCAUAGCGGAGAAGGUACGGUGGGAUUCGAAAUGGUUGGUGAUCUGUUUGUUAACUUGGCUUUCAAAAACUUUGGAAAGGCAGGGCAGGAUGGAUAUAGGUCGGUAACAGUUUGGAUCUAGAGUGUCACCCCCUUUGAAGAGGGAGAUGACCGCGGCAGCUUUCCAAUCUCUGGGGAUCUCAGACGUUACGAAAGAGAGGUUGAACAGGCUAGUAAUAGGGGUUGCGACAAUUUCGGUGGCUAGUUUUAGAAAGAAAGGGUCCAGAUUGUCUAGCCCAGAUGAUUUGUAGGGGUCCAGAUUUUGCAGCUCUUUCAGAACAUCAGCUGUCUGAAUUUGUGUGAAGGAGAAGCGGGGGGGGGGCAUGGGCAAGUUGCAGCGGAGGGUGCAGAGCUGGUGGCCGGGGUAGUGGUAGCCAGGUGGAAAGCAUGGCCAGCCGUAGCAAAAUGCUUGUUGAGAUUCUCGAUGAUCGUAGAUUUAUCGGUGGUGAUAGUGUGUCCUAGCCUCAGUGCAGUGGGCAGUUGGGAGGAGGUGCUCUUAUUCUCCAUGGACUUUACAGUGUCCCAAAACCUUUUGGAGUUAGUGCUACAGGAUGCAAAUUUCUGUUUGAAAAAGCUAGCCUUUGCUUUCCUAACUGCUUGUGUAUAUUGGUUCCUAACUUUCCUGAAAAGUUGCAUAUCGCAGGGGCUAUUCGAUGCUAAUGCAGUACGCCACAGGAUGUUUUUGUGCUGGUCAAGGGGAGUCAAGUCUGAGGAGAACCAGGGGCUAUAUCUGUUCUUAGUUCUAUAUUUUUUGAAUGGGGCAUGUUUAUUUAAGUUUGAGAGGAAAUUACUUUUAAAGAACAACCAGGCAUCCUCUACUGACGGAAUGAGAUCGAUAUCCAUCCAGGAUACCUGGGCAAGGUCAAUUAGGAAGGCCUGCUCGCUAAAGUGUUUUAGGGAGCGUUUGACAGUGAUGAGGUGUGGUCGUUUGACCGCGGACCCAUUAUGGACGCAGGCAACAAGGCAGUGAUCGCUGAGAUCCUGGUUGAAGACAGCGGAGGUGUAUUUAGAGGGUAAGUUAGUCAGGAUGAUAUCUAUGAUAUUUAUUAUGUACGGUUCACGGAUCGUAGGGUCUUACAGGAGGCAUGUAUAGGCAGGUGCUAAAGUUCUCCGUCACUGCGAUGGAUUUCCUUCAUAUGAAUUCUGGAGAGGUCGUUUUUGUCAUCCGUGUAGAUCCGCAAUAAAAAUCUCCGGGGUGGGUGGGCUGGUUUGGAGAUGACAUAGCCUAAUACAGACCGAAGCAUGUCUGUUCUACGAAAUAUAUUCCCAAAUAAAUUUAUUCUAAAAAAUAAAAUAAAUAUCUGUUACGCUGUGUGCACUGAACUGACAUGCAUGAUUGUUGAUGAAACUGUUCAGAUGAAGGGAAUUAAAUAGUCUAUAAUAUGCACCACCGCGGUGCUCAACUGUAACUGCUGGCAAAGUAAUCAAAGCUUAAAUACAACUUUCCAGUGCUACUAUUUUUGCAGUGUAAAAAAUCAGACAACCCCAUAGUAGAAUAGUUUUACCUAUUUACUUAAUCGUCAUGUUUGUGUUCUAUGCAAGAUAAAUAUUCCUCUCAAGGCGCAUUCUAGUUGCGAGAGCAUUAGGAGGGAAACAUGUAUUCUGACAAGCAGUCAAUGCACAACAUUUCUUAGUGCAAUUGCGGGAAAAAAACGUUUGAAAGCAGUUUUGGCAAAUGUAUUUUGGAAGCAGUUUUGGCCUUUGUUAAAAAAGAGGGGGAUCUGAGGAUAAUAGCGGACGAUAUUGCCACUCCUAUUUGCCAUAUCUUCAAUCCAAGCCUACUAGAAAGUGUGUGCCCUCAGGCCUGGAGGGAAGCAAAAGUCAUUCCGCUACCCAAGAAUAGUAAAGCCCCCUUUACUGGCUCGAGUAGCCAACCAAUCAGCCUGUUACCAACCCUUAGUAAACUUGAUGUUUGACCAGAUACAAUGCUAUUUUACUGUAAACAAAUUGACAACAGACUUUCAGCAGGCUUAUAGGGAAGGACAUUCAACAAGCACAGCACUUACACAAAUUACUGGUGAUUGGCUGAGCGAAAUUGAUGAUAAAAAGAUUGGGAGCUGUUUUGUUAGACUUCAGUGCAGCUUUUGACAUUAUCGAUCAUAGUCUGCUGCUGGAAAAACGUAUGUGUUAUGGCUUUACAUCCCCUGCUAUAUUGUGGAUGAAGAGUUACCUGUCUAACAGAAUACAGAGGGUGUUCUUUAAUGGAAGCCUCUCCAACAUAAUCCAGGUAGAAUCAGGAAUUCCCCAGGGCAGCUGUCUAGGCCCCUUACUUUUUUCAAUCUUUACUAACUACAUGCCACUGGCUUUGAGUAAAGCCAGUGUGACUAUGUAUGCGGAUGACUCAACACUAUACACAUCAGCUACUACAGCGACUGAAAUGACUGCAACACUUAACAAAGAGCUGCAUACUCCACAAGACAUGCCACCAGAGGUCUCUUCACAAUCCCCAAGUCAACAACAGACUAUGGGAGGCGCACAGUACUACAUGGAGCCAUGACUACAUGGAACUCUAUUCCACAUCAGGGAACUGAUGAAAGCUGUAGAAUCAGAUUUGAAAAACAGUUAAAUACACCUUAUGGAACAGCGGGGACUGUGAAGAGAUAAACACAGGAACAGACAUACGCAUACGCACACAUGCUAGCACACACUUUACACACACGUACAUUAUAAUAUUGUUGUAUGGUGGUAUUAUACGUUUUGUAUUGUAGAUAUGUAGUGGUGUAAUAAUGUUAUGAUGUACUGUUUUAUCUUUUGUUUUAUGUGUGAUGUAAGUGCCUUAAUGUGUUUGGACCCCAGGAAGAGUAGCAGCUGCCUGUGUAUAGGGCCUAAAAUAAGCUUAAAAUGGCCACUUUCGUCAUGAUAAAAAAAAUAAUGGUUUGUGAUACAAACGUAAAAAGCAUAUGAAACAUUCUUCCUCCCAAUUAAGCUAUGUGAGAAUUGCCAAAACAAUCUAAGAUACCCAAAAUAUUUUCGUGCCACGCUGGGGUGGAAUCAGAGUCUGAUCGUGACCAAUUCUGUAGCAAUAAGGUGGAUACUAAGCAAAGAUACUCAAUGGCCUCUUUCUUUUUCAGAUAACGUUGUUAGACCUAGCUAGCUAGCUAGCUAGCAAGCUAAUAUCUCUUAUCUAUUAUUCACUAGCUAUUUUAACUUAUUUGAUGUGAUAACUGCCCAUAUGAUUACAUGAUUUUUAACUAAUUGAUGUAUGUUUAACUCAUCACUCACUACUCCGUACUCAUUCAUUCACUACUUGUUGCUCAUCAUUCAAACUUCUUUGAAUGUGUAUUAUUGUUUUAUCGUUUGGUCAAUUUCUGUGUUUCAGGUCUCCCUCUCCCCUCUCUGCGGCUUAUGAUUCCACCACUGCGGCUGGUCUCAGCAGCCAUCUGGCAAACGAUCCAGCAGAGACACGUGAUGGAUUAUGGGAUGCUGGAGGAGUUUGUUACCAUGGUUACAGAGAUGGUGCCAGAGCUUCUGAAUCACAGUCAGAGGGCCCAACUUAUUCUGGGUCUUCGAGCACGGGUGAGAGAGAGGGGUGGAGCUAGUACUCAUUAUGACGGGAAAGAUGGGAUAUGAUCACAUUUAGUCAUGUUUAUUGUCUCAAAUAAGUGUCCUGACUGGUUUGCUCUGCUUUCAGCUGGUCCUGGAGUUGUGUCGCUCCAAGCCGAUCACAGACCUCCAGACCAUUCAGCCACACCUGGACAGGAUACAGACCCUCACACCUCUAUGGGGGACACAGGUGAGCUCCUUAGCGCAGAGCCUCAGCUAAUGUCUAAAACAGUCAGUGAAAGACAUUCAUGUAUUUCUGAUAUGACAAUGAUAGAUUAUGGUAAAAACAUAUGCAGACUAACUGUAGUGCUGAGCGAUUACUGCUUUUUGAUGUCGUUUCAGUUAGAUUAUUACAAAAUAAUCACGGUUUUCAGUUUUCAGUUUUAGUAUUUAUUUUUUUACAUUAAAUGCACUAUGCAUUAUGUGGGUUGAAUGCUGUAACAACGGCAGAAUAAAACAAUUAAUAAAAGUCCCAUGAUGGUAGUGACUGCCCAUUACUGCUUAUCACUUAUUAACCAUCAUCAUUUAUUCACAUUACUUUACUUUAAUAAAAUAUUUCAGUUGUUGUGUAUAUUAGGCUACAUUUGACUAUUGUUUCAUUCAAAGUCAUUUAAUCUCUAUAGAGCUGUUGCCUAUGCUGUCUGACAAAAUCACUAUUUUUCAAAGUACAUAAGGCAUACUUUUAUGACUGCUGAAUACCAACUAUCAAUCACUUAGAUCAUGUAUUUUCAGGUAGAGAUACCUCACAAAGUAACAGCUGCUCUCUAUAUCACCUCACGGUCGCACAUUCUUCUCCCUUCUCCCUUCGUAGCAGUUAUAAAAGAAAAACAGACUGGAUAAGUAGAUGCGCAAUGGAUUAUGAUCAUUGUAGUUAAUUACCACUUUUUAUGUAGAAUAUUGGCCUGUUGGAAACUACAACUCCCUACUACAUCGCACAGUUCCGGCUGGAUUUGAUUUAUCUCUAGAGAAAAUGUGCGAUGUGCGCAUUGAGCUCACAGAAAAAAAGAAGAAAAAAAUGGAAUUCAAAUAAUUGAACCGAGGUUGGUCAAUUAGUUGUUUAAAAUCCAAAGAUAAUAAUAUUCUGUGUUUAAGGCGACUGAUGCAGAGGUAGGAUUAUCUGAAUCCAAUUUCCUGGGGCUGGUUCAAACCCUUCUGAAAGACCCAGACGAAAGGAAACAUUUCUUCCAGGUUAGUGAGUAUGUGGGUAUGGAAUAGUUGUGUGUCAUUUCCAUGUGACUGCUGUGUAUUUUGACAAUUUAAAUACUUUUUUCUUAGCUCAUAUUCCUUUACUCUGUUUUAGGAUGUUUUUCCUGUAGAAUUUGGUCCCAGUUAUGACGCAGCCAUACAGAAACUCAUGUGGCAAUUCCUUUCGAGACUGGAGAAGCUACUUCCUGUGACAAACUUCCAACAGGUACUAGUAGAAAUACAAUUAUAUACAAUGCCUUCAGAAAGUAUUCAGACCCCUUGACUUUUUCCACAUUUUCCUCAGCAAUCUACACACAAUACCCCAUAAUGACAAAGCGAAAACAGGUUUUUAUUUACAUAAGUAUUCAGACCCUUUGCUAUGAGACUCGAAAUUGAGCUCUGGUGCAUCCUGUUUCCAUUGAUCAUCCUUGAGAUGUUUCUACAACUUAAUUGGAGUCCACCUGUGGUCAAUUCAAUUGAUUGGAUUUGGAAAGCCACACACCUGUCUAUAUAAGGUCCCAGAGUUGAAAGUGCAUGUCAGAGCACAAACCAAGCCAUGAGGUCGGAGGGAUUGUCCGUAGAGCUCUGAGACAGGAUUAUGUCGAGGCACAGAUCUGGGGAAGGGUACCAAAACAUUUCUGCAGCAUUGAAGGUGCCCAAGAACAGAGUGGCCUCCAUCAUUCUUAAAUGGAAGAAGUUUGGAACCACCGAUCGGAGGAGAAUGGCCUUGGUCAGGGAGGUGACCAUGAACCUGAUGGUCACUCUGACAGAGCUCUAGAGUUCCUUUGUGGAGAUGGGAGAACCUUCCAGUAGGACAACCAUCUCUGCAGCACUUCACCAAGCAGGCCUUUAUGGUAGAGUGGCCAGACGGAAGCCACUCCUCAGUAAAAGGCACAUGAUAGACCGCUUGAGUAUGCCAAAAGGCACCUAAAGACUCUCAGACCAUGAGAAACAAGAUUCUUUGGUCUGAUGAAACCAAGAUUGAACUAUUUGGCCUGAAUGCCAAGCGUCACGUCUGGAGGAAACCUGGCACCAUCUCUACGGUGAAUCAUGGUGGUGGCAGCAUCAUGCUGUGGGGAUGUUUUUCAGCGGCAGGGACUGGUGAGACUAGUCAGGAUCGAGGCAAAGAUGAACGGAGCAAAGUACAGAGAGAUCGUUGAUGAAAACCUGCUCAGGACCUCAGACUGGGGCGAAGGUUCAUCUUCCAACAGGACAAUGACCCUAAGCACACAGCCAAGACUACGCAGGAGUAGCUUCGGGACAAGUCUCUGAAUGUCCUUGAGUGGCCCAGCCAGAGCCCGGACUUGAACCCGAUCAAACAUCUCUGGAGAGACCUGAAAAUAGCUGUGCAGCAACGCUCCCCAUCCAACCUGACAGAGCUUGAGAGGAUCUGCAGAGAAGAAUGGGAGAAACUCCCCAAAUACAGGUGUGCCAAGCUUGUAGCGUCCUACCUAAGAAGACUCGAGGCUGUAAUUGCUGCCAAAGGUGCUUCAACAAAGUACUGAGUAAAGGGUCUGAAUACUUAUGUAAAUGUGAUAUUUCAGUUUUUUACUUUUAAUAAAUUAGCAAAAAUUUCAAAACCUGUUUUUGCUUUGUCAUUAUGGGGUAUUGUGUGUAGAUUGAUGAGGGAAACAAACAAUUUUAAUCAAUUUUAGAAUAAGGCUGUAAUGUAACAAAAUGUGGAAAAAGUCAAAGGGUCUGAAUACUUUCCAAAGGCACUGUAGAGGAACAUUGGACUUGACACUUAGGCAUUGUGUGAAUUCUACCUAUAUUCCUUCUAACUCUGUAUUCCUCAUUGUGUCAGGCUGCCUUGCUGCUCAGCGAUGUCCCCUCUGUUCUGGAGGAAUGUGUUGAGUCCGUGUCUCACCCUCAGCAGCUGAAAACCCUGCUUCAGUACCACAGAGAUCUCUGCCAGCUGGACAACCAUAGUAGGCAUCUCCCACAGGACCCAUCAUUUUCAUGCUUUAUCAUGGAUUCGUUUUAGACACCCCAUUGCAAAUGACGUCUGUGUGUUGAGUUUUGGUUCCCUUUUUCCUUCUUUUUCAGACCCUCCAUCUUCCACCGAUGGGGAUUGCAUUCUCUCAGCUCUCUGUCUUCCUCCUGUGGAAAGGGUGGUAAUUACAACAGAGGUGAAGAAAGAAGGAACAGGUAUUGAUGUAAAAGAAAGAGAAGGGGUGGAUAGCAGAUCAGGUGAAUGUGAGAAAAACAAAACAUCCUCUGUUAGUGAUGAUGAAGAGGCAGAGGAUGAUGCAGAGUUUUUUGAACAAGAGACAGACAAGGUGGAACCAGAGUACGAAACAGUGAUGGGUAUAGGGGAAGAUGGUAUAGAGAAGCCUUUAAAACUUCUCAAAAAGCCCACCAAAAAGAAAGAAGAAACCCAUGAUGAAAAAUGUAGAAAAAUGCCCAAACCUGGACAAAAGAGAAGCAUAGGCGUGUCUAAAGAAAUCAUAUCCUCCAUGAUACAAAAGCCCUCAGUGGACCUACAAGGGAUUGUCAUCGCUAACAUGACACAGACCCCCAAAUCAAAUCAAAAGGUCCCGAGAGCCAAAAGGUCCCUGGAGCGUAGAACAUGCAAGGUGUGCGGCAAGGUCGUCCAGCGUCCUGCAGUCUUGAGGAAACACAUGGUGACUCACACUGGUGACUGGCCCUAUCAAUGUCCCACCUGUAAGAAGAUUUACAAGGCCUUGGGAAGCUUCCAGGAACAUACUGAAAGAUGUGUCUUUCCUAUUGAGGAAACGCCUGAAGACAGUGAGUCGUCCAUAUCAGUGAUGCAAUACAAGGGUGUGAUGUUGAAGAAAAUUUUACCGCGGCCGCCAGGACAAAAAGCAGGCCCAAAUGAAAGAAAACAAAAACGCGUUGUCUGCAAGACAUGUCCUGUUUGUGGGAAGACUUUCGCCACAGGUUCGAGCAUGAAGCGGCAUCAGAUUAUCCACACUGAGCCCAAAAAGUGCAGAGUCUGCAAACACAUCUUCCCUAACUCUUCCGAACUGAAGAUCCACAUGGAGUCCCAUCCGAAGAAAGGAAUCCAUCAAUGUAGUAACUGUGAGAGGACCUUCAAGCACGAUUACAGUGUGAAGGCUCAUGAAGAGGCUUGUCUUUUUCUGAGUCGUCAACAAGGGGAGCUUGGAGAGAGCUGUGGUCCUCCAGCUAUGGGGCAGACAGACCCAGGGCCAUCAGGCAGUACACACCAGCAGAGCAUGACAUGGGAAGCAGGAAUCAUACCUCUCUCUGCAACUCUGAACAAUCAGAAUUCUGCCUUCACCUACAUGCAUUCUGUGGAGGGGUCAUCCGCAAGAGCUAAAAGGUCCCUGGAGCGUAGGACAUGCAAGGUGUGCGGUAAGGUCGUCCAGCGUCCUGCAGUUCUGAGGAAACACAUGGUGACCCACACUGGUGACUGGCCCUAUCGAUGUCCUACCUGUAAGAAGAUUUACAAGACCUUGAGAAGCUUCCAGGAACAUAUUGAAAGAUGUGUCUUUCCUAUUGAGGAAACUCCUGAGGACAGCGAGUCAUCCUCCACCUCUGCAACCAAAGACUCAUCUUCCACCCUGGAACCAAGUGCAUCUAUACAAUCAUCCAAACGCUGUGCAAGGUGUCCUAUUUGCCAUAAAUUUGUAUCGGGAUACCUGAGAUAUCACAUUCUAUCUCAUUCAGAUGAGCGCCCACACGCUUGCCCUCGUUGUGGGUCGAAAUACAAGUUCGACUUUGUAUUGAGGAGGCACAUGAGACUGUUCUGCAAGGUGAGGAAGGGUGAACCUGUUGAAUUAGGGGAAAAGAAAAUCCACAAGUGUAAUGAAUGUGGGAAGGAAUUUGGGCUAAAAUCCACACUGACGGCACACAAACGCAUCCACAACCCACUUCGCUGCGCCUAUUGCCGAAGGAUGUUCCCAGACCAAGAAACGCUUGCAAUACACAAGGUAGAGCACAAACCGGUUCAAUGCACCAUGUGUGAGAAAAGCUUCAAUGUGAUAAGAUACCUCUCCAGACACUACGUGGAUGACCAUCAGUUCAGUGGGCCGUUCCGCUGCACAUACUGUGAGAGAAGCUAUGCUGAGUUAUCUGUUUUCGUCCGACACGAGAGGACUCACACCGGGGAUCUCCCAUAUAAGUGCUCCAACUGUCCAAAGAAGUUCCAUUUUGAAACUGCUCUUGUGACACACCAGAGAAAGCACACAGGAGAGAAACCGUGCCUUUGCUGGGAGUGUGGAAAGAGCUUCCAAUCCAAGGGGAUUCUGAAAACACACAUGAAUCGUGUUCACACUCCUCAGGUGAAACGUUUCCCUUGUUCCCAGUGUAACAAAGCUUUCCGGGACAAGGGUCAAAUGAAGAUGCAUGAGAAUGUAUACCACAAAGGGGUGCGUUACCCAUGCUCCUACUGCGGUAAGGGGUUCUACAGCCCUGCCCCAUUGGCGAGACACGUAUUGAUUCACACAGGGGAGAAUCCUUAUUCCUGCACAUUUAAGGAGUGUACCAGGGUUUUCAAAUCGGCUUCUGAACUGAGGAUACACAUGAGAUACCAUACUGGAGACCGGCCAUUCAAGUGCAAGGACUGUGGGAAGGGUUUCGUUCAAGCCCAUUAUCUUACCAUACACCGGCGAAGUCAUACCGGGGAGAAACCGUAUUCAUGUCUCACCUGCAACAAGUCCUUCAGCACCUCCCAUCAGUUGAGCAGACACAUGAAGACUCACACAGGAGAGAAGCCUUACCAAUGUAUGGAUUGCGGGAAAGCUUUCAAUCGUAGAGACCGUUUGCGGACUCAUCAAGAUAAAUGCCACCCAGCUUAUUAG